AUGAAGAUCCUUUGCCUUCUCUUUGCUGUUGUCUUCUUGGUGCUCCAUGUCCAGGGCCAGCAUCAGCAAGAGCCCCAGGAUGAUCCCCAAGCUUGGAAUGAAGCCCCGGAUGAUGCUGAGGAAGAGGCAGAGGCAGAGGUGGCCCCAGGUCCUGACAAGCAGCAAAGCUACAUGGUGUGUAGCUUCGAAGGUGGCAUGUGCCGGUCCAAGAAAUGCAAGCGAUGGGAAAAGAAAAUUGGAACCUGCACUCAGCAGAACGCUUGCUGUGUAAAGAGGUCGUGGAAAGAGUUGCUGGGCUGA